UUGGUCCAUUUCGGCAUCGGCCAUUUUGUGGGUGGUCGACUGGUCGUGGUCUUCAACUUCAACAUUUCAUCUGCAACGUGGUUGUAGCGUGUGUGAAUUUUCUACGGAUUAUAUUUCAUUCUCUCAUUCAUUUCUUCAGUAAAGAAGUAGUUCACCAUGAGUUCUAAAGUGAAUCGUGAAAUGUUGAAUGAGGCAGUCUCAGGCGUACUCAAAGUGUCGAAAGAUCCCCAGAAACGAAGGAAGUUUCUUGAAACUGUAGAGCUACAAAUCGGUUUGAAGAACUAUGACCCUCAAAAGGACAAGCGUUUCUCUGGGACUGUUAAAUUGAAGUACAUCCCCAGGCCCAAAAUGCAAGUCUGCAUUCUUGGAGAUGCGCAACAUUGUGAUGAAGCAAAAGCUAAUAAUAUUCCCUUCAUGGAUGUUGAAGCUUUGAAGAAACUCAACAAAAACAAGAAGCUUGUGAAGAAAUUAGCGAAAAAGUAUGAUGCAUUCUUAGCCAGUGACGCUUUGAUCAAACAAAUCCCUAGGCUGUUAGGACCCGGGUUAAACAAAGCUGGUAAAUUUCCUGGUCUUCUAUCUCACACAGAAUCUAUGCUCCAAAAAAUUGAUGAAGUCAAAUCUACAAUCAAGUUCCAGAUGAAAAAGGUCCUGUGUCUUAGUGUUGCUGUUGGCCACGUAGGAAUGUCUCAAGAAGAACUCGUCCAAAAUGUUCAUCUCUCCAUCAAUUUCCUGGUUUCUUUGCUGAAAAAACAUUGGCAGAAUGUCAGAUCCCUACACAUUAAGUCCACCAUGGGGCCUCCUCAAAGAUUGUACUAAAUCUUAUCCAUGACUUGUUAUUAUUGACUCAAUACACACAAUAAUUUUUUAAGUACA